UCAUGAUAUUUGCUCUUCCUGUAAGCGGCCUGAGGUGAUCUGUGAAAAUGGUCCGCUACUCUCUUGACCCGGAAAACCCCACAAAAUCAUGCAAAUCAAGAGGCUCAAAUCUUCGUGUUCACUUUAAGAACACCUGUGAAACUGAGCAAGCCAUCAAGGGUAUGCAUAUCCGAAAAGCCACCAAGUACCUGAAAGAUGUCACAUUAAAGAAGCAAUGUGUGCCAUUCCGGCGUUACAAUGGUGGAGUUGGGAGGUGUGCCCAGGCCAAACAGUGGGGCUGGACACAGGGCCGGUGGCCCAAAAAGAGUGCUGAAUUUUUGCUGCACAUGCUUAAAAAUGCAGAGAGUAAUGCUGAACUUAAGGGUUUAGAUGUAAAUUCUCUGGUCAUUGAACAUAUCCAGGUGAACAAAGCACCCAAGAUGCGUCGUCGUACUUACAGAGCUCAUGGUCGGAUUAACCCAUACAUGAGUUCCCCCUGCCACAUUGAGAUGAUCCUCACAGAAAAGGAACAAAUUGUUCCUAAACCAGAAGAGGAGGUUGCACAGAAGAAAAAGAUAUCCCAGAAGAAGCUAAAGAAACAAAAACUUAUGGCAUGGGAAUAAAUUCAACAAAAAAUAAAUGCAAAUAAAAGGAAAAAAAAAAAAAAGGAAUCAUGAUAUUUGCAACUUACUUUCAACUGAAUUGAAAUACACACACACAAACAAAAUAAAAUAAAAGGUACAGUGUGAAUUUUUAGAAAAAUACUAUAAAUGCGUAAAACACUAAUUAUGGAUGAACUUGGGUGAAGGUAGUGGCUAUGCUUUGUACUAUUCUUUCAACUGCCCUAUAUGUUUGAAUUUUUAAAAAAUAGUUGAAGGAAAUAAGAAAGUAUCAAAUUUUUACUUUUUAGAGACGCUUACUAAUAUAACAAGAAUAAAAUGAAAUACCUGGAUUUGCCUUAAAAUAUUCUAGGAAAAAAAAUGGGGAGAGUGGGAAAAAACAUGACGAGACAGUAAAGGCUGAAGCUGUGUGACAGGCACGGGAUGCGCACUCUGUACCUCUGGAUACAUCUGAAGAAAACAGGUCCCAGACUAAAAAAAAUGUAUUUUUCUAUAAACUUAUAAAAAGGUUAAUGCUGAAUAUACAUGAAAAACUUAUGUAAAUAUGAGUGAAAAAUAAUAAAAGACAGAACAAAACAAAAUAGUAAAAAAAACCACUAGAGCAUUCAGAGAUACAUGGACAAAGGGCAGGGGUUCAUAAUAGAAAAACAAGUGCCUGCCUAAUUAACAUGAAAAAAGUUGAACACCACUAGUAAUUAAAAAAAAAAAAAAGAAAGUUCAAACAAUUUAAUGUUUUUACCUAUUAAAUUAGCAAAGAUUAAAAAAAAUAAAAACUCCCAGUUAUAGCCCAGAUGGCCAUAAAUGUUGAUAAGAAUGAACAAUAGUGAAACAUUUAUGAAAAGUAAUUUGGCAAGUGUAUGAAGAACCUCGAAAAUAUGCAUAUUCUUUAAUCCAGCAAUGGAAUUAAUGGAAAUUUACUUUAAGGAAAACUCUAAAAUGGCAAUGAUUUUUUCUGUAUAAAAUUAUUCAAUACAACAAAACAACAAAAGUUUUAAGUGGCUCAAGAGGGGAACAGGUAAGUAAAUUUAAGCGAAGUAAUUAUAUGAUCACUUACAACUAAUUAAGGAAAAUCUGUGUGAUAAUGAUUAUAUGAUGUGCCAGGCACCAUAGUACUGGCCUGUAAUUCCAGCAACUUGGAAGGAUGAGGCAGGAUGAUCGCAAAUUUGAGGCUAGUCUUGGCAACUGAGCGAGACUCUGUCUCAAAAUAAUAAAAAGGGCUGGGGGAUGUAGCUCAAUGGUACAGUGCCCCUGGGUUCAGUCCCCAGUACCAGGAAAAACAAAAACAAAACCCAAAAAACCCAAAACAUCAACUCUGCCCCCCACAAUUACAUGAAAAAAGAAAAAUCAUGUAUUGACUGAAUGAAUUCAAUUAUAUAAAAAGAAAUAAAAAUAUUCAAAAGGAAAUGUAUCAAAAUUUAAUGCUUGUUGACUCCGGGUGGUGGGAAUGUGAAUGAUCCUUUUAUCUUUUUUCCUUGUGCUUUUCUGUCUUUUCCAAAUGUCUUAUGCUGAAAUGUAUUACUUUUGUAAUCAGGGAAAAAAAUACACAUUAUUAUGUUUUAAA